AUGGCUUCCUCUUCUUCUCCUGCUUACGUUAAGAGAUACCAUGUCUUCCCGAGCUUCCACGGCGCAGAUGCCCGUAGAGCGUUUCUCAGCCAUUUACACAAUUACUUUGCAAACAAAGGGAUGACUUUUAAGGAUCAAGAGAUCGAUAGAGGUCAUUUGAUUGGACCUGAACCUGUCAAAGCCAUCAGAGAAUCGAGAGUCUCGACCGUUCUACACUCAAGAAUUACGCUUCUUCAAGCUGGUGUUAGAUGA